GUCUCCAGUCUCCCUCUGAUUUGGGCUGUUACAUCCCGGGAGCUGUACCCGGGGCCAGAGCUGGUUGGAAACCAACUAUUUCCUCUUUUGCAGGCGACAUGCACGUGAGACCUCCCUCCCCCAGGACGCCGGACCCCAUGGCUUCCUGGAAGAGCCCCUGGUGGCUGCUGAUACGGAUGGUCUUCAUGCACUCGGCCCUCCUGCAGACCACGGCGGAGACGUCUCCGGGAGCCUAUUUCCUUCCGGAGUUUGCACUCUCCCCCCAGGGCAGUUUUCUGGAAGACACGACAGGGGAGCAGUUUCUCACCUAUCGCUAUGACGACCAGACUUCGAGAAACACCCGCGCAGAUGAAGACAAAGAGAAAGACGGCAACUGGGACGCCUGGGGAGACUGGAGUGACUGCUCGCGGACCUGCGGGGGCGGAGCCUCCUAUUCUCUGCGCAGAUGCUUGACCGGCAGGAAUUGCGAAGGGCAGAAUAUUCGAUACAAGACGUGCAGCAAUCAUGACUGCCCUCCGGAUGCAGAGGACUUCAGAGCCCAGCAGUGCUCCGCCUACAAUGACGUCCAGUAUCAGGGGCGGUACUACGAGUGGCUCCCACGGUAUAAUGAUCCGGCCGCCCCCUGCGCGCUCAAGUGUCACGCCCGGGGACAAAAUCUGGUGGUGGAGCUGGCGCCCAAGGUCCUGGAUGGGACGCGUUGCCACACCGACUCCCUGGACAUGUGCAUCAGCGGCAUCUGUCAGGCGGUGGGCUGUGACCGGCAGCUGGGGAGUCACGCCAAGGAAGACAACUGCGGGGUCUGCGCCGGCGACGGCGCCACCUGCAGGCUCGUGCGGGGACAGUCCAAGUCACACGUCUCUCCUGAGAAAAGGGAGGAAAACGUGAUUGCCGUUCCUUUGGGGAGCCGCAGUGUGAGAAUUACCGUGAAAGGACCCGCGCACCUCUUUAUCGAAUCAAAGACACUUCAGGGGAGCAAAGGGGAACACAGCUUUAACAGCCCCGGCACCUUCGUCAUAGAAAACACCACGGUUGAGUUUCAGAGAAGCUCGGAGAGGCAGACCUUUAAGAUUCCCGGGCCCCUGAUGGCCGACUUCAUCUUCAAGACCAGGUUCACGGUGGCCAAGGACAGCGUGGUCCAGUUCUUCUUUUACCAGCCCAUCAGCCAUCAGUGGAGACAGACCGACUUUUUCCCCUGCACCGUGACCUGCGGCGGAGGUUAUCAGCUUAAUUCGGCUGAGUGUGUGGACACGCGCCUGAAGAGGGUGGUUCCUGACCAUUACUGCCACUACUACCCCGAGAACGUGAAACCCAAACCCAAACUGAAGGAAUGUGGCAUGGACCCUUGUCCCUCCAGCGAUGGAUUUAAGGAGAUCAUGCCCUACGACCACUUCCAGCCUCUCCCUCGCUGGGAACAUAACCCUUGGACGGCGUGCUCGGUGUCCUGCGGCGGCGGGACCCAGCGGCGCAGCUUCGUGUGCGUGGAGGAGUCGCUUCACGGGGAGACGCUGCAGGUGGAGGAGUGGAAGUGCAUGUACGCGCCCAAGCCCAAGGUCAUGCAGACCUGCAACCUCUUCGACUGCCCCAAGUGGGUCGCCAUGGACUGGUCCCAGUGCACGGUGACCUGCGGCCGAGGACUGCGGUACCGGGUCGUGCUGUGCAUCAACCACCGGGGCCAGCACGUCGGAGGCUGCAACCCGCAGCUGAAGCUGCACAUCAAAGAGGAGUGUAUCGUCCCCGUCCCCUGCUACAGACCGAAAGAAAAAGGCCCGGUGGAAGCUAAAUUACCUUGGCAGAAGCAAGCCCAGGAGCUCGAAGAGACCAGGAUAGCGACAGAAGAGCCAAUGUUCAUUCCGGAGCCCUGGUCGGCCUGCAGCGCCACCUGCGGGCUGGGAGUUCAGGUCCGAGAGGUCAAGUGCCGGGUGCUGCUCACGUUCACGCAGGCGGAGACCGAGCUGCCCGAGGAGGAGUGUGAUGGCCCCCGGCUGCCCACGGAGCGGCCCUGCCUCCUCCGGGCCUGUGGCGACGGCCCCGCCUCCCUGGAGCUGGACGCCCCCCUCCGCGAGAAGGCCAGCGAGAUGACCUACCACUGGGAGUACGCGGGGUUCACCCCUUGCACCGCCACCUGUCUGGGAGGCCACCAAGAAGCCAUCGCAGUGUGCUUACACGUCCAGACCCAGCAGAUGGUCAAUGACACCCUGUGUGACGUGGUCCACCGGCCUCCGGCCAUGAGCCAGGCUUGUAACACGGAGCCCUGCCCGCCCAGGUGGCACACGGACUCCUGGGGACCCUGCUCAGCUACCUGCGGUGUUGGGAUCCAGACCCGAGAGGUGCACUGCCUGCACCCCGGGGAGGCCCCCGCCCCCGCCGAGGACUGCGGAGAGGAGAAGCCCCACGCCUUGCAGGCCUGCAAUCAGUUCGACUGCCCUCCCAGCUGGCACAUUGAAGAAUGGCAUCAGUGUCCCCGGACCUGCGGAGGUGGCACACAGAACCGGAGGGUCACCUGCCGGCAGCUGUUGACGGAUGGCAGCUUUCUGAGCCUCUCCGAUGAGCUGUGCCAGGGACCCAAGGCGUCGUCUCAUAAGUCCUGUGCCAGGACAGACUGCCCUCCACACCUAAGCGUGGGCGACUGGUCGAAGUGCUCUGUCACCUGUGGUGUCGGGACCCAGCGAAGGAAGCAGACGUGUCAGAGGCUGACCGCCAAGGGCCGGCGCGUCCCCCUCAGCGAGGCCUCCUGCAGGGAUCUUCCGGGCCCCCCCCUCGUGAGGUCCUGCCAGAUGCCUGCCUGCAGUGAAAUCAAAGCAGAGGCGAAGACAAAGCCCAGCGGGCAGGGUCCUCAGAUCCUGGGUGUGCAGAGAGUGUACAUCCAGACCAGGGAGGAGAAGCGAGUCAACCUGACCGUGGGCAGCAGGGCCUACCUGCUGCCCAACACGUCCGUGAUCAUCAAGUGCCCGGUGCGGCGCUUCCAGAAAUCCCUGAUCCAGUGGGAGAAAGACGGCCUUUGCCUGCACAACUCCAAGCGGCUGGGCGUGACCAAGUCGGGCUCCCUGAAAAUCCACAGCCUCGCGGCCCCCGACGGCGGCGUGUACCGAUGCAUCGCCGGCCCCUCCCGGGAGACCGUGGUCCUCAAGCUCAUCGGCACCGACAACCGGCUCAUCGCGCCCUCGGGCCUCGGGGAGCGGCCCGGGGGACCCCCGGGGAUGGACCGCGGCGAGGCCGAUAGUUUGGGAGCCACCUGGCAUAAAAUGCGGCAUGUGUGGAAUAACAAUGAACUGCACCGGGACGUCGGCCAGAUUCAUAACCAGCCCUUCCUCAGGGCCCUGUUGGGCCACUGCCACGGCUCCGCAGGAAACCCCAGCUCCUGGGAGUUGAAGAAUAAGCAGUUUGAAGCGGCGGUGAAACAGGGGGCCUACAGCAUGGACACGGCCCAGUUCGAUGAACUGAUACGGAACAUGAGCCAGCUCAUGGAGACCGGGGAGGUCAGCGACGACCUGGCGUCCCAGGUGAUCUACCAGCUGGUGGCCGAGUUGGCGAAGGCCCAGCAGCCGGCCCACCUGCCCUGGAAGGCCACCCGGGAGGAGGGGCCUCCCGCGGCCCAGCUCAGAGGGGACACCGGCCGUGUACGCCCGAGCUCGGGCGCGAAAAACGCGGGCAAGCUGACGUUCAGGCCAAGGGGGCCGGCUCUUGUGAGGCAGGGCCAGCCGGCCUCGGUUUCGUUCAAUAAAACGGUAAACUCGUGGAUCGGGAACACGGUGUACAUCACAAAACAGACGGCGGCCAUCAGCAUCCUGUGUGAGCUGGUUACCCCCAGCGAGGUCACCUACACGUGGACGAAAGACGGGGCCCGGCUGCGGCCCUCCGAAAAGAUAAUUUUGUCUGGGGCGGGGAAGUUGCAGAUACGGAAACCCACGAAGAAAGAUCAGGGGCUGUAUGGAUGCUCCGUGGCCAAUCACCUCGGUUCCGACGCCGAGAGUUCUCCUGUGCUGUUCGCAGAGGCGCCUGUCAUCUUGUUCACGGAAAGAAAUAUUACCGGACCGGAGCACGGCCCUCUGUCCGUCGUGGUUGGAAGCACUGUGGAGGUAGCCCUGGGAGCCAGUGUGACCAUCCAGUGUCCCGCAAGAGGUGUCCCCCGGCCCACGGUGAGGUGGGCGAAGAGAGGAGGGCCCCUGAGCGACAGCGUCUCCGUGCUUCUCAACGGGUCCCUGUGGCUGCGGAACGUUUCCCUGGACAAUGAAGGAACCUAUGUCUGCAGAGCCACCAACGCUCUGGGAAACGCAGCAGCAGCCUCUGUAUUGCGCCUGCUGGAGCCUUUUUGGAAGCUUGGCAACUGGACAUCGUGUCCUGUCACCUGUGGCCGCCCGGGAACCCGCGUCCAGAGAGCCCAGUGUGUGAUGGCCGACGGGCAGGAAGUGAGUGAGGCCCUGUGCGGUCACCUGCAGAAGCCGCUGGCCGGGUCGCAGCCCUGUCCCAGCCGGGACUGCCCCUCGAGGUGGUUCGCGAGCCCGUGGUCCGAGUGCUCUGUGUCCUGCGGCAAGGGAUUCCGCGUCCGGCGGGUGACGUGUAAACGCACAAAAGCCGGCGGCGCCGUGUGGGUGAUGCCCGCGGGAGCGUGUGACCCCACAGGCAGGCCUCCCGGAAGAACACCGUGCUCCGGCCACCUGUGCGUCGUGGAGCCAGGGGGCCAGUGUCCCGGACGCUGCGCGGGCCGCCCCGUGAGGACACAGCAGCAUCCCGUCGUCUGUCCGCACAGCAGCUCGGGCUCAGGCGACUGCGAGGACCGGCGCAGCAGGUCCACCUCUGGGAGCAACUGCUCGUCCGGGGCCUGCGACGCGUGCUGGCGGGCCGGCCCAUGGCGGCCCUGCACGGCGGCCUGCGGCCGGGGCUUCCAGUCCCGGAAGGUGGACUGUGUCCACGCGAGGAGCUGCGCCCCGGUGGCCCAGAAGCACUGCCUGCAGCGGGAGAAACCAGCUUCCUGGCAGCACUGUGUUGGGCCUUCCUGUGACCACACGUACUCCUCCCAGGAAACUGCACAGACACAACUUACUACUGUACGUUCGUAAAGCGUCUUGACUUGUGUUCGCUGGACCUCUACGGACAGAGGUGCUGCCGGUCGUGCCACGUGGGAUAAAAUGAACCUUUGCAGGGGUCGCAAUGCUGCUGUGAAGAUAAAACAAGUUGAAAAGCCCUUUUCCCCAAAAAAAUGUAUUUCUUCAAAAAAAAAAACUCUGGUUCUGCCGUCCAACACAGGCCGAUGCACGGUCGCCUCUGGUAAAAUUUUCUAUCAUCGUUUGCCCCUCAUGGCCGGUUUGUGAUUCCGACUCGGUCAGUGAUAUAUCCCAGGACCGACCAGCCGAAGCGCCCCAGCAGGCGUGCCGUGCACUCGGGACCUCAUCGCGCCUUCCGGUCAGGCGGUCGCCAGGGUCACCGUGGGUGUCUCGGCGGCUGCUCCCUGUGAUGUGUGGGCUGCUACAGCGUAGGGCACCCGGAAGACGGGAAACAUAGCGACCGAUGGAUGGCUUUCUCUUCUCUCCAGUUUUAGGGCAUCAGCAGGUUGAUAAGGCAUUUGCAUUUUAUUAUUAUUAUUUUUUUAAAGAUGUUUUAUUGGUUUCAGAGAGAGGAAGGGA